AUGGCGGAGGAGAGGCUGGUUCUUGCGGUGUCCGACAACCCGGUCAUAUAUGAUCUUACCAUAAAGGGCUAUCACGAUAAAAAUAUAAAGGACAAAGCCUGGAGAGAUGUCUCUGCCAUUUUGGGUGUUUCAGCUGUAGGAACUGAGCCAGUGAUCUUCAGGGAAGCAGAUGAAGAAGGGGAGGUUGGCCUGCUGUGUGAAUCUAAAGGCUGGUAUCCUCAGCCUGACCUCAUCUGGCAGGACAGUGAGGGUCACAAUCUCACCACUGAGAAACCUGAGAUACUCAGGGACAGCCUGAACCUCAUUGCCAUAAGAACACGUGUCGUCAUAAAGAGAGAAGGCAGCAGCAGAUUCACCUGUCGAGUUCUGCAGCAGAAGCUCCAUGAGGAAAAGGUGACAGAGUUUUACCUCCAUGCUGUGAAGACUCAGAUGAAGGCUGAUUGGUCAAUGUGCCUGUAUUUGAUUCUCCUGAUCCUCCACCAGACCUCCAGAUCAGAGAUGUUCCAGCUUCUGGGUCCAGCUGGUCCUGUCAUUGCUAUAGUUGGUGAAGAUGUUGUCCUGCCCACUCACCUCAAACCCAACAUAAGUGCAGAGGAUAUGCGCAUAGAGUGGUACAGACCGCAGCACAGAGACUACCAGGUGCAUCUCUACCUUCUGGGAGAGAGCAGGAAUGAGCACCAGAACCCAUCGUACAGCCGAAGGACAGCACUCUUCCCUGAGGAACUGAGGAAGGGCAAUACGUCUCUGAGGCUGGGCAGGGUCCAGGUCUCUGAUGAGGGGCAGUAUUGGUGUCGAAUUCAUUCCAAGUCUGACAAUAAUUACCGCAUCAUGGUUUCACUGGAAGUAAGAGCUGUAGGAACUGAGCCAGUGAUCUUCAGGGAAGCAGAUGAAGAAGGGGAGGUUGGCCUGCUGUGUGAAUCUAAAGGCUGGUAUCCUCAGCCUGACCUCAUCUGGCAGGACAGUGAGGGUCACAAUCUCACCACUGAGAAACCUGAGAUACUCAGGGACAGCCUGGGCCGCAUUGCCAUAAGAACACGUGUCGUCAUAAAGAGAGAAGGCAGCAGCAGAUUCUCCUGUCGAGUUCUGCAGCAGAAGCUCCAUGAGGAAAAGGUGACCGUGUUUUACCUCCAUGGUGAGUAA